AUGCUAUUCGAUUUGAACGUGCCGUGGCCGCAAACCACCUUCACAGCCCCGCCAACGGCCCAGGCGAUUGUGACGCUCAAAAACACGCUUGCAAUGUUGGAGGAGCUCGGCUACACCCACGUCGCGCUCAACUUCAUCGUGGAACAGGGCGCCAAGAUCCCGCAAAACCCUAACCCUAUCGACCUAUCGCUUGUGGGCGAGUUCCAGACCCGCUUGAACCUUUUCACUCGGGUUACUCUCCUCAUUGAUGACCCGUCCCAGGGCCAAGGCGUGGCAAAGCUCAGCUCCGCGUUCGAUAUCGUGGCCGUAUGUCCGCGCACGGAAAAGGCAUUGCUCUUGGCGGUCACCAAUUUGGACAUCGACAUCAUCACGUUCAACUACGCCGAGAGAUUGCCCUGCUUCUUGAGACACAAGACCGUGGGCGCAGCCAUCGAGAAGGGUAUCAAGUUCGAGGUCGUAUAUAGCCCAGCCAUCGCAGGACCCGCGGGCUACGCCGACGGCGUGACUGUUUCCACGGCCGCGCUGCAGUCGCGCAGACAGUUUUUUAACAACGCCGCGAGCAUCAUCCGCGCGUCGCGUUCGCGCGGCUUGGUGUUAUCCUCGGGCGCUGCCAGCCCCUUGCAGUGCCGCGGUAGCUUCGACGUGUGCAACUUACUCAUUUUGCUUGAUUUGGACCACUCGCGGUGCAAGGCCGCCAUGACCGAGGUCCCGAGCAAGGUUGUGUUGAGCGGGCGCUUGCGUGGUCAGAGCUACAAGCAGACAGUUAUUGUGGGACAGUACGAGAGCUUGCGCGCGACGAUAGACGCUCCGAAGCGCCGAAAGUUGGGUGACACUCCCAGCGGAAAUCUCAUGAAGAGACAGAAGGAGUUGGCAAAGCAUUGA